AUGGAUAAGAUCGACAGUCCAUCAACACCGCCAGUUCUAUCACCAGAUUCAAAAUGCAAAGGUGCCCUUUCUCUCUGUACAACGGAGUUAGAAGCUGCAAGUGAGAAGCUGCAAAGCAUUGGGGCGAAACUCGACGAGACAGCAAGAGCCAACGAGACUUGUCAUUCCAAGAUAGCCAAAGCCGAUAGUGAUAUCUCGGAUUGUCGGACCAAGUCCAAAAUCCAGUCUGACGAAGAUAAGAAAACAAUCGAUAUUCUGAGGGAUCAGCUCAAGGCAAUGCCGACGGAACAAUGGCACGUGCCACAGGAACUCAACAAUAAAAUCAUUGGCACGAAGAUCCACGACAUCUGUCCCCAGUUCCACGAACAACUAUUCGAAGUCACGGGUGCUCAGAAUGUUAAACACAAAUGGCGUAUCUACUGCAACUCCAAGCUCAAGGGUAGGAGCUGGUCAGUUGGCGCCGAAAAUGACAAGUGGAGAACAGGCACCAUGGAACCCUAUACUUCCUUGUAUAUCCUUUAUGAUUUGCGAGAGGCAGCCCGGGCCAUUACAGUCGGUUUGAGUUGGAUUGAAAAGACACCAGCGAAGGUCGGUUAUACAACUUGGUGGCCGCGAAGUACCGGUGGGGGCUAUAACCAUCUACGAAGAUUUACACAGACUAACUGGACAAUGGGCCCGGAGGAAAAUCCCAGUAAUCACACGGUUUUCCUUCGGGUUGAUCCCUUUACUUAUGGAAGUUAA